AUGCAGGCUCAAGAAGUCAUUCUCUGUUCUGCCUCUGCGCAGUCUUCAAAUGCGGGAAUCGGCAGUAUAACGAUACACGACAUCCAGACAGGUGCAACUCUCGCGUCUUUUAAGCAGACGAAUGCCGGUUCGCGGUCGGUCGCGGUUCUGGAAUCGAAGAGUUUACAGGGAGGGGUGGUUCUGGCUGCACAGACAGACAAAACUGUCCUGAAUGUCUACAACUUUCAAAAGGACCAAUUGGCGCUCAAAAUCAUCCUUCCCGAAAAACCAAGUUGCUUAACGCUUGAUAAGACCGGAAACUUUUGUGCUGCUGGAACAGCACAGGGACGGAUAUACCUGUGGGAGACGGCCUCAGGAAUCCUCUUCAAUUGCUGGGAUGCUCACUACCGUCAAGUGAACGUACUGCGAUUUACAGUGGACGGUGCUGCGUUACUUUCCGGUGGUGACGAUUCAGCUGUGAGCGUCUGGUCCGUGUCCAGAUUGGUUAAUAACGAAAGUCAAAACGAGUUGCCGACACCCUUUUGCACUCUUUCCGACCACACCCUUCCAGUCACGGAUAUUGUCUGCGGUAUAGGUCUUUUCCCAAACUGUCGCGUCCUCACGUCCUCGGUAGACCACUCUGUCAAGGUCUGGGACCUCGCUUCGAAAUCUCUUCUUUCGACAUUUGAAUUUCCAUCACCGAUCGACAGCCUGGCCUGGGACUUGACCGAGCGAUUCUUCUUCGCCACCUGCAAUGAAAAAGGAUCCAUCUACAAAAUCCACCUCUUCCGGCAAAAGACGAGGUUCUCAGGCCAAAUCGUCGAGGCUGUUGGUGGUUCAGGGGCAAACGAUGUUAUGCGUAUUGAGAACGAUAUCAUCGAGGCUCAGAAAAAGAGGCUGAUACAAGUCGGACAGCCAAUCGCGUCUAUCGCCCUCUCAUUCGCUUCAAACAUUCUCCUAGUUGGCACGACCGAAGGUUCCAUCCUCAUGUACGACGUGCCUUCUCACCAACACCUGCGGACAAUCACUGCCAACAAAGGUCUAUCGAUAACGUACAUCCGAACGAUGUUGAAGCCUCCGGAUCUCAUUGGCCAUGUGAACCUGGACUUCCGGGUAGGGAGCAGCGUCGACCUCAAGGACACUAUCCCUAUAAAACCUAUUGUACCGUUCCAACGGAUGAAGGACGCUAAAGCGAGGGAAGCGCAUGAAGUACUAAUCAUGACCAAAAACCGGGCACUCAAACCCAUCGACUACAGCACAUUCUACGAAAGCGACGAAUUCCUAAAAGAACAUGCGUUCUUCGUUCAGCCCAUCACUUCGCCGAAUGCACCAGAGUCUAGCGUCGCCUCUCUUCAGUCACGCGUGCAGGAUCUAGAAGCUGAGGUUGUGAGGCUAAAAUCACAGCUUGGACAAGCGAAAGGAGUAAAUGAUGCUAUGUGGGAUACUGUUGUCCACCGACUGGUGGGGCAGGGGAAAGGAGACCCCCAAGAAAAGGACCAACCAAGUCGUAAACGGGGUAGAAUAGGGACGUAG